AUGAUGCUACUAGAUAGAUUUCAUAACAAAUUUCAUCACCAUCCUCGUCAUUCAGGUCGUACUACAAAUGAUACUGGUUCCUCAGAAGCUUCUCCUCUUCCUCCUCCUUCUUCUUCCAUCAGCUCCAUUCAAAAAACAGAUUUGGAUAAAACACCAACUAAAGCAGCUCAUUUCAAAAUUGGAACGUCACAAAAAAUAAACGACGGUUUCGUGCAACAAACAGAACCAGAAUUGCAACAAAAUAAUAGUGAUAAACAAAAUAAUUUUAAUCCUCUACCUACUCCAAUAUCUACCCAAUCACAACUAUUAAAUUCUCAAUAUAAUAAUGAUAAUCUUAAUAAUACUAAUAUGGCUUUUGAUUUCGAAUCUGGGAACGUCAUGAAUAUGGAUCCUCGUAUAAAUACCCCUAUCAUGACCCCAAUAACAUAUGGUUCCAAUUCCAAUAAUUAUUUUAAUAAUCCCUCUGGUUCAUUUGUACCACCAUAUUUAAACAACAACAUUAAUAAUAAUAAUCUUAAUAGAACUCGUCAAAAUAGUUCGGUCUCUUUAGCAAGUUCCAUUUCCGAUUAUCCAAUGAAUUCCUUAAGACAACAAGUGGCUACUAACAAUAAUAAUGCAUUUAGUGACUCAUUUAUUCAAUUGUUAAUGGAAAUAUAUCAAUAUGUUUGUUCUGAUCCAACAACUACCCCCUUUGAUUCUUUAAAUCCACCUUCAGGAAUCUUAAAUAAAGUUGCAAAGAUUUCCAUCGAACAAGCUGAAUUGAAAAAUAUUGAAAUAGGUCAAGAAAGAAAUAGUUGGCUAAUAACUUUGGUAAGGUAUCGACUUUUACAAGAAGUUAGGAAAGAUGGGUAUCUUUCACGUAAUGCCUCUUUAUCUUCAUUACCACCUCCUCCUCAGUUUGCUGAACUAAUGAAUUUAAGCAAUAGUAAUUAUAAUAAUAAUAAAGAUUCAAAUGAUCUUAUAACAAAUAACACCGCUACUAACGUUUUCCCGUUGAGAAGACCAAAUCUAAUAAGUAGACCAAAUACUCCACAAUUAUUAAUCCCGUUAGAAAAAUCUUAUUCAAAUACAAGCGGGUUCCAUAACGAUUUUACCACUAACAAUACGCUUUCAAUGGGAUUAAACUCUUUGAAUUUAAAUCAAAAUUUCCUAGCAAGACAAUGUAGUAGAACUUCUUCUCCGUUACCGCUACCUCUAUCGAAUAAUAAUAACAUUAAUAAUUCAUUUGCAAACAAUAAUAGCAACUCUGGUAUGAAUUUGAAUUUAUCAUCGAACAAUAACGGCGCCAGUAGUAAUAGUAAUUCAAUGUUCAAAAGAUAG